AUGGAGUUCUUUUCCCGCUUGACUCCUUUCGAGGAGCGGGUCUGGGAGAUAGUCGAGGGGGCUUUUGCUCUCGGGGAUAGGAUUGCCCACCAGGUCUUCAGAGCUACUGGAGACGCUGCCGGUGGCACAUGCGAGGCUCUCUUCUCCCCUCUCUGCGAGUCCGCCCCCCUCUCGCAGUCUUCUCCUCUCUCCAGCAGCCAGGUUGUUGAGGCCCUCGCAAGCAGCGCCCUUCCACAGGAGCAGCACACUUGCGAGAUGAGUUGGUCCCUGCUCUGGAGAAAGACGAGCUGGUUGCUUCACAGUUGCUUGCGAGCGCUGAGCUGUGCGAGCGGGGCUUGUGUGGCGCCACUGAGGGGGCACUGCCUGCGGGUGGGGACAGAGGAGGGUGCAGGCAGUGGGAGGUCUCAAAGUUUGGUUUUGGCAGAGCCCAGCGGAGACGCCUGCCACUUUGAGAGGCUGGACAGGGGGUGCGUGUACGAAUUCUUGCAGAAACUCUCAAACACGCACCUCAAGGUUUGUUCUCUAGUGUGUCGCGAGUGGUUGGAAGUUUCUAGCGAGGCGCGGCACACCAUGACUCUAGAGAGAGCCCCCCACAGUGCUGCGUUGCCUGUCCUGCUUCACCGCUUCUCCCAGCUGAGGAUCAUCAAGAUUUGGGAUGAGGCUGCUGUGGCGUGCCCAGACGAUGCUUUUGUGAACCACCUGGCUCGGCAGACUCUGUUGGAGCAGCUUGAUGUGAAAGGCUGCGGGGCUCUCUCUGAUGCGGGGCUGGGUGCGGUGCUGAGGGGUUGUCCAGGAUUGCGCAGUCUGGUCCUGAGACAAUGUCCGAAAGUCAGGGGGCGGGGCUUUGAGGGGCUCCGGUGCAAGCUCGAGGUGCUGGAGCUGGACUCCUGUGACGCGGUGACUGACGACGGCAUCGGAUCAAUCGCAGGAGCCUGCCCAGGACUGGUGCGUCUUGUCGUUAGAAUGGGGUCAGAGGAUACCGACCUUCUGGCUGAGGGCCUCGAGCAGAUAGCAAAGAGGUGCCCUGGGCUGAGGGAGCUCAUUCUGCACGCCAGCUGGGUGAAAGACAAGACUCUCCAAGCUUUCGCUGCCGGCUGCCCCGGCCUGUCUUGCGUGGAGCUUUCGUGCGAGCAUGGCGUCAGCGACGAGGGAGUGUCUGUUCUGACGUCGCGCUGCCACCAGCUCCGGACCUUGGGCCUAAUCAACAACCCCUGGCUUUUCUUCGUUCCUCGCAGCAGGUCUGGUCUCCAAUUGAAGACACUAAAACUUGGCUGGUUUACCGACACCCUGGACUCCGUGCUGCGGCGCGUCUCUGAGGAAGUGGGUUUGGAGGAAUUGCUGAUCAUGGGUUGUCCUAAACUGACGGAUACUACCGUUGAAAAGAUUCUAGGUAACUGUCAACAAUUGAAGAGGCUAGGGCUGCAAAACAACGAGCGCCUCACUCCUGGUGUGUUGAGAGCUCAUUCUAAGUGCGGCAGUAAAGCUUUGCUAGAAAUAAGGGACUGCAAGGGCAUCGAUCCAAGCACUCUGUUGCAGCAGAUGCCGGUCUCGCUCGAUGUACAGAUAACUUAAACAGAGAAACUGAUAGUUGCAAUGAACAGUUUAGCUUAUUUGAAAGCUUAUUUAAUCAGUAACCAGUCUUAGAUCCUUUGAUAGAAUGGGCUCGUAGGAAUCUGCGUAGCUAUCGUAGAUGUUUUUGGACGAACCGCAUUUUGUCUUUGACGCGUCAAAGGUAGUUGCAACACUUAUAGGGCCAGGUCUAAGAGUGGCAGCCUUUCUUUGCAUGCAGACAGUAGUAGAUUGAUCGUUAUAAGUACAGUGUAUGUUUUGAACCGCCAUUGAAUAUGUGCUAAACGUGAGCAACGUUUUCAUUUGUGC